AUGCUCACCCGCACGCUCCGCCUACCCAUUCCGCGCGCGCCGCUACCACCGCCUCUCGGGGCUGACCGCUUUGCGCCUGCGCGAGCCGAGGCACGAAGCGCGGAGGGAUCGGACGGUGGGAGAAAGAAAGGCGGCCGAGAUGGUGGGAGUGGAGAAAUUGCGGCGCCGUCUCUGUCCAAUCAGCGGACAACACGUGCGAAUGGGGGAGAGAACGGCGGAGGGGGGAAGAGCCGGAGUGGCAGAAGGGAGAGCGGAAAGUCGGCGGCGGAGGAAGCGGAGAGCGCUGCUGGCAGCAGCGGGGCCGUGACGGACUCAAUGCGGCGCAACGCGCAGGCGACGGCGGACGCGCUGCGCAGCAAGAGCCGGCGCGCCAAGCGAUGGCUCGGACAGCACUAUCUACUGCGGGACGACAUCAGCGUGGCCACGGUGGCGGCAGCGGGCGUGGUGGCGGGUGACGUGGUGGUGGAGGUGGGGCCGGGCACGGGCGCUCUCACUGCCGCGCUCGUGGCUGCUGGGGCGCAUGUUAUAGCGGUGGAGAAGGGUGCUCAUUCCACUCCUUCAUCAUUCCACUCCUUCAUCAUUCCACUCCUUCAUCAUUCCACUCCUUCGUCUCUCCGCUGCUCUUCCCCACCCGUCCCCCCACGGCUGAUUCUCUCUCCCUCCUCAACUGCAUGUGUUCUCCCUUCCAUCGUUCAUCUCCCUGCUCAUCGUUCAUCUCCCUCCCAUCGCUGCCCUGACCCUGACAUGGUGCAGCUGGUGCGGGAGCGCUUCGCCCAGUGCCCGCAAGUAGAGGUGGUGCAAGCGGACAUCCUCAAGUGGCCCGUGCACGCUCUCCUGCCUGCUCGCCUGCACCGCCUCACUGGCAUGGCAGGGGCGGAGGGAAGGGUAGCACAAGGCGAAGGGGCGUUGGCGAGUGGUGGGGCAGAAGCACGCACGAGUGGGAUGGAUGGCAUGGUGGGCGAACCGCCAGUGCCUCUUGCUGCUGCACGCCCUGCUGCCGCUCCUGUAGCUGGCACUGCGGCGAGCAGAGGCAGCGAGGGGACUGGAGGCAGCAGUGCCGUGCGCGCCAAGGUGGUCACCAACCUGCCUUUCAACAUCACCACUGCCUUCCCCUUUAAUGCCCCGCCUUACGUGCCUCUCGCCCGUGCGCCUCUCUCCCGUGCGCCUCUCUCCCGUGCGCCUCUCGCCCGUGCGCCUCUCGCCCAGGUGGUGACGAACCUGCCCUUCAACAUCACCACGGACUUUCUGCGCCUCUUCCUGCCGCUCGGCCACCUCGUCUCCACCGUCGUCUGCAUGCUGCAGGAUGACGCGGCGCAGCGGCUGGUGGAUGCAACACCAGCAGCAUCGCAGUACCGACCGAUGAGUGUGUUCGUGCAGUACUAUGCUGGUGAGCACUCGGCUCUGCCUGAGCAAGCAGCACCAUGUCACUGCUUCCUCAUCUCUUACUCUGCACCCUUUAUUCUCAAUUCCGUCCCCAUCUCUCACUUCCCUCUCCCCAUCUCUCACUUCCCUCUCCCCAUCUCUCACUUCCCUCUCCCCAUCUCUCACUUCCCUCUCCCCAUCUCUCACUCAUCUCUCCCCAUCUCUCACUCCCCUCUCCCCACCUCUCACUCCCCUCUCCCCAUCUCUCACUCCCCUCUCCCCACCUCUCACUCCCCUCUCCCCACCUCUCACUCCUCUCUCCCCAUCUCUCACUCCCCUCUCCCCAUCUCUCACUCCCCUCUCGCCCCAUCGCUCACUCUCCCCCACCGGUGCAUCACCGGCCCCCAUCAGACCCCACCUAUCAGUUCUUCGUCAGUCGCCGCAGCUUCCUACCGCCCGCCAAUGUUGAUGCAGCAGUCGUGUCAUUCGCCCUCAAGCCGCCAAUGGAACGAGUCCACGUGGCGUCGCCCACCCAGUUCUUCCACAUGGUAA